GUCAAUGCUGCCGGAAUGGAAGCAACUCCUCCUGGAGCGAAAGAGAAGAGAGGAGGAGGAGAAAGAGAAAAGACAGCAAAAGGAAGAGGAGAGACUGGCCAGCAUGCCAAUGAAGGAAAGAGACAAAGAGAGAGCAACUAUGAGUGGAUAAGUGGAGAGGAAAAAGAGAAGUACAAUAAGAAAGAAGACAACAGAAGUAAAUGGAGAGAUAGGGAAAUACAGAUGGAAAGAACAAGAGAGAGAGUGAUAAGUAAAUGCAUGAAGGAAAGAGAGAGCAGUGCUGAGAGAGGAAGGAAUGUAGGGGAGAGAGAUGAUGCCUGCUUCCAUCUUAUUUCUGGUAUUCGUACCAUUAAAGCAGAAAACAUCAUCAUCAUUGAGAAAAGAAAGAAUCAACAAGAAAAGGUUGAGAGGGAUGAACAGAGAGAAACUGAGGGGGGAAAGAAGCAAGGUAUAAGGUUGGACCUGAAGGAGAUUCUGCCUGGUGGAGAAAAUGUGACUGAGAUCUGUGUGUCAGAUGUACUGAUCAUCAAACCAUCUAUAAAGGAAGAAAGGAGCAAGAAAGACAGGAAGCGAGGGAAUGAAAAUGAAAAGAAAACGACAUUAGGAGAGGGCGAGGAAACAGAAUUCAGAAGGGUGAGCCAGCUGAUCAGUAAAUUUGGUGAGAACUGUAAACUUCCCUGCAGGUCUAAAAGCAGUGAUUGCUUCAUUCUUAUGGAAAUGGGGUGUGAAGUGAAAAAAGAGGAGAGAAAAAAGGGGGAUAGAAAAGAGGAGUGUAGAACAGAAGGAAGUGCGAAUGUGUUUCGGGGAGUACCAAAGCGUUCAUUUAGUUUCUCAGAGCAAGUGAGUAAGGAGAGACAAAUGUUGGAGAGAAGUCAUUCUGAUCGGAGAAGAAAAGAGAUUGAAGGAGAGGUGGAGAAAGAGGAGAAGAGAAAAGAAGAGAAGAAAGAAAGUGGGCAUGAGGAAGUGAAUGAGAUAGAUGAGAUCUUCAUUUUUAAAGGAGAGAUGAAGAGAUUCAGGGAACAGAACAACCAAAAAAGUGUGACAAAGAAAGACAAGAUAAGUGGAGUAACAGAAAAAGAGAUGGAGGAGAUACAGAAGGAAAGAAAUGAUAGAGAAAAGCAAAGAAAACUCCAAAAUGAAUCUCAGAAGAUUGUGAAAUGUGGACAGGAAGUGACACCAGUUACACAGUCCAUGGUAAAGUUCUCAGAUGAGAAAGAAUCACAAAGCAACAGAGAGGAGCGAGGGAUGACCUGGAGUGAGGCAGAACAUCACAGAGGAGAAAUACACAUCCCUAGAUCUGUCUUUUAUGGGACCAGUGAGCAGAGCUUCUCAAAGAAAGACAGGGAUGAAAUAAAAGAAGUGGAGAGGAUGUUGAGCUGGAAGACUGGAAGACCUUUGACCAGAGUGGAGUCUCUAAAACAGAGACUAUGGCAGAAAAAGAGAGGAGGAACAGAAGGAGGUGAUGAACAAGCAAGAAAAGCUGAGAUGGAGAGCAGACAGGAAGUGGCCUCACCGCAGUCUCUCAGUCAGUUUGACGUCACAAGGGAAGUAAGUAAAAAGGAACUUCCUGUAUGUGUUCCUUCUUCUCUCUCAGCUGAACGAGGACCCUCAGGUUUCAUAGAUCGACAUGACGGACUGAUACAAACACCAGCAAAAGAAAAAGAACGAAAUGAGGAUCUGCUGGGGGAAGGCUAUAUCCCUCCGUCUCAAUCUUCAUCCCCUUCUAGUUCUCCAUCUCCUCCUCUCGGCCACUCUCAGCCUGCCAUGAGUCGGAUCUACAACAACCUGAAGCCCGUAAGCUCCAGGACUGGUGUGUGUAUCACCGAGAGGAACUUAGGCGUCCAAACACACAGUGGAGGAAUGAUAAAGAUCCGAACUGGAGGACAGUUUGCAGGUGGGCCUCUAAAAAUCCAGACAGAAUCUUCAUUGCAAUCGGUGCAGCGUGAAGUGGAGCAGCUUCAUCUGAAGGAACAGGAAGUCCAGAAAAAAAAUGAUGGAGAGGCAUCGCAGAAACAGAACCUGUAUGAUACAUGCCAGCACCAAAGCAUUGAGAUUCAAAAAAGCCAACCAUCCAUCUUGAAACCUUCUUCAGAAACGAGGGUACAGACUCAACUUCCGCAAAUCAGUACUUCCAUGACAAAGAGCAUAAACAUUCAAACAGAGCCAACUGUCAAAACUCCAGCUACUCCUCUCUUCACCAUUCGGAGUGCCUCUGGAGGCACGGGAAAGAGAGGCACCACCUUUACGAUCACUCCCAGGAAAUCAGGCUCCUCAGUGACACCUCCAUCUUCUAUCACAGCUCCGAAAGUGCCUUCCACUUCCAGCACGACUUCUAAAGCACCAAGUACCACGGCAGAACUGAGCAAAAAACGAUAUCCAACUGCAGAGGAGAUUGAAGUUAUUGGGGGUUAUCAGAAACUGGAGAGAUCCUGCUUGUUGAGGAACCGAGGAUCACCAAAAAUGGUGAGGGUGAGUUUCGAUGACUCUGGUGUACAUGUGUGUACAUACCCACCGGAGGCGUCUGUGUUCGGAGAGGAGGGAAGCAACGAAGACUGGAGGGGACCAGAUGAGAAACAAGAAGAAAAGGAUGAAGAGUGUAGUAUGGAUGAAAUAAUUGGAGCAGGAAGAGGAAUAAACAGAGUGCUUCGAGUGGAUGAGUCCUGUAAGCGUUAAUCACCAUCACCUGGACCUGGACCUGGACUUGGACUUGAACCUGAAUUUUUACAGUUUAUUAGCUGACCGGAUGCGAUUAGAAUGCUGCCUGUACAUUUUUUAAAAUUAAAUAACAGUAUCAGAAAUAGAAUAUAAUUAUAAAGAGUUUUGUGCGUAAUCAUUUAUCAUUAAUAAGUUAAUAUAAUCCAGUACAGCUUUUUCAGGUUUACAUAGUGCUUUGGUAGGUUUGUUUGUUUGUUUAUUUGUUUGUUUGUGGGUAAACGUUAAUGCUGCAGUAUUUCUGAUGUAAUUUUGGCUAAUUUUGUUUUGUAUUAUGGUCCAAGAAGCUGGCUUCAAAUAAAGAUGUAAAUAAAAACUACUAGUUCCCAGCAGUGGGCUUUCCGUUUGCUUCUGAGUAUUAUACAGCAGUCCCUGAUUCGGUCAGCGUGGAUCUGCCUGGCUGAUGCCUUUAGUCUUCACUCAGGUCCCAACAUUUGAAAUACUCAAAGUUUUAGUAAACUACUUAACAUUAAAAUUAUUUUAUACUGAAUGCUCAGCCAAAACCUUAAGUGUUUACUGUAAAUGAAACCAUUACUGAUGAGGGAUUUAGUGGCCAACAUGGCCAGUAUCCAAAUGAAUAAUAUACAUGGCCAUCCACUGCAGUCUCAGUAAUGAACAGGUCCAAUAACUGCAUUGUGGCAGUUUAAAGUCCUUUAAGCAUCUAAGGUGGUAAAGACUCUGCUGGGCCUUCUUCACCAGGGUGCUGAUGACUAGUCCUGUGUCAUGUGAACACCUAGGUACAGGAAACUGUCCACUUUCUCCACUUCAGUCCAGUUAAUUGUAAGUGAUUGGUAGUUCUUCUCCUGCUUUGUGCUGAAGUCCACUGUCAACUCCUUUGUCUUCCUGACCUUCGAGAGGAGAUAGUUCUCCUGAGACCUGUCUCCAGGUUUUUAAUCUCCUGUCUCAUAAUUAUUAGAGAUCAGCUGUGUCAUCAGCACAGUCAUGGAAGUGGAGCUGGAAGUGGCCACACAGUCAUAUGUGUAGAGUGAAUACAGCAGGGGCUCCAGCGCUGAGGGUGAUGGAGGGUGAGACAUGUUUGCCCACCUGUACUGCUUAUGGUCUUUCAGGAAUUUGGACAUCUAUUAGCACAAGGACAGGUCCCUGAGGUGAGCAAUGGCAUCCUCUUUAGAGCAGUUGGGAUAGUAAGCAAUUUGUAAUGGGUCAAGUGUGUUAGAUAAUGAAGUGUAUGACCAGCUAAGGGGCGAUGGACUGGAGUUUUUUCAGGACAAGAACAGUAGUGGACUGUUUAAAGCAUGUGGGGAUUACAGACUGUAACAGACCAGGGAGAGGUUGAAUAUCUCAGUGAUCAUCAGUACUAGCUGGUCACCAUGGGUUCUCAGGACCUGACCUGUGAUGUUGUCUACUCCUGCUGCUGUCCUGGUGUUCACUCCCCUGAAUACCUUCCACAUGUCAGUAGCAGGUAACAGGAGCUGUUUGUGCCUCUGUAACUGUUUGCAUGUUUAACUUGUGUAGGGACUAGCACUAAAAUUUGCUGUAAAGCCAAGAAUGUUGAA